AUGCAAGACAACCUGCCAUUGACGGCACCAUCCGAUUCGGGCAAUCCCACGGCUGCCAACCGGCCUAAUUCGGAUUUAUCGACGAGAAUUCCUUCGGUUGUCAUCGACAAUGCUGCCGAGCCUGUAAGCAACGUUCCUUCUGAGCCCGACGGCUUGGUUCGACCUUUGUCGAAGAAAGAACUACGCAAGAGGGAUGGUCAUAGGUGCAACAAAUGUGGCGAAACCGGACACUGGCAAUGCGACCAUUACUCCUACAAAUGCACCCUAUGCGGCAAGAACGCUCCCGGACACAACUCUGGUUCCAGGUGGUGUCCCGAUUACCGACCAACGCCCCGCAACACUUCACCCGAUCAGUAUGACGCACUCUUGGACGACGGAGACUAUGACGACUACUUAUGGGGAGACGAAGGAGAACACAAUCUGAACACCUGA